AUGUCCGCCCUCCUCUUCGCCUCCUUCGACGUCUCCCGCCAGGCCUUCUAUCGCACCCGCCUCGCCGCCGCCAUCGUCAACCUCAAGCCCAUCGUUCCCGGCCAUGUCCUCGUCAUCCCCACGCGCGUCGUCCCUCGCCUCGCGGACCUCAAGCAUGAUGAGCUCGGCGCCCUGAUGACCUCCGUGCAACACGUCGCGCGCGUUAUCGAGCGUGUCUACGGGGCCGAUGGUCUGACCAUCGCCUGCCAGGACGGCAAGGCGGCCGGGCAGACCGUGCCGCACGUACACUUCCAUCUCCUGCCGCGGAAGCUCCAGGGAGACACGUUCGAGCGCAACGACGAGGUCUACCCUGCACUGGAGCAGUCCGAGGGUGAACUCCCGGCCGCUCUCCGCCAGGUCCCGCAGCCCCUCCAGAUGGACGCGGACGAGGACCGCAAGCCGCGCUCGCUCGAGGACAUGGAGAAGGAGGCACUGUGGCUCAAGGAGUUCUUUGAUGCUGCAGCCGAGGCUCAGCCGGACACAGACGGAGAUCAGAUUAACAAGACAUCGUAG